AUGAGGUUCCUUCGCACAGGGGCUUUGGCAGCCUCGCUUUCCGCGGUCGCCGCCUUGAAGAACAACAGCUACGACUAUAUCGUUGUCGGUGGUGGUCCGUCUGGUAUCAUCACAGCAGAGAGAUUCGCCGAAGCGGGCAAGAAUGUCCUUCUACUGGAACGUGGUGUCGGUCCCACUGUCAGCACUGGCAAUAAUGAAACGCUCAGCUGGAACCGUACCUUGACCCCCGUCGAUCUUCCUGGACUGUCGGCCGAUAUUGGAAACCUGGACGUCUGGAAUCAGUACAUCUGUACCGACACCGAUGGGCAAGCCGCUUGCGUGUUGGGUGGUGGUGUCACCCUCAAUUACAUGGUUUUCGUCCACCCCCCGGAGCGCGAUUUCGACGACAAGUGGCCCCAGGGAUGGAAAUGGGAGGAUGUCAAGGCGGCGUCCGAGCGUUUGUACCAACGCAACCCCGGAACGAUUCAGCCUUCUGCCGAUGGCAAGCGUUACGACCAAGGUCUUUACAAAGUGCUCUCCAAGUUCUUCAACAACCUGGGCUGGAAGUCAGUCGACAUGAUUGCAGCUCCCAAUGAGAAGCACCAAAUCUACAGUUACCCGGCCUGGAAUAUCGUGGAUCAGAAGCGUGCUGGUCCUGUUCGUACCUAUCUGCCUUUGGCCAAGGAUCUCGACAACUUCACCCUCCGCCUCCACUCUAAGGUCAACCGUCUCGUGAGAUCCGGCAGUGAAGUGACUGGCGUCGAAGUUGUGGACUCCGUUACUGGACAAACUGAAGUGGUUACCCUUGCGCCCCAUGGUCGUGUGGUUUUGGCAGCUGGAGCGCUCUCCACCCCCCGACUGCUCUUUAACUCCGGUAUCGGGCCCAAGAAGCAGAUCGAAACGGCCAAGAAGAGUGGUGUCACUGUUCCUCCGCAAGAGGAAUGGAUCGACCUCCCUGUCGGUGUCGGACUCAAGGAUCACCCCAUCUUCAGCAUCAGUGUAGACACCGGUGCUGAUUUUGGUCUUGUUGACUACGACGGCGUCCUCAAUGGCUCCGACACUACUGACAUCAAUCUGUAUCGCCAGAACAGCGGAGUUCUUACUCAGGGCAAGCACCGCAUGAUCUUCUUCACUUCGAACCAGGUCAACGGACAUACCCGGUACUACCAGGGAUCUUGCGCACCCGCCGAUGAGGGCAUUCUGGCAAUCACUGCCUACAUGACCCAUGGUCUGACCUCUUCCGGCGUCCUCGGCCUGGACGACAAGGGCAACACCGUGUUCGAGAAGUCUCCCUACAUGCAAACUGCUGAUGACUGGACUGCCGCAAAGCUGUUCGUCGAUCAGUUGUUGUACGACAUCACUGACCCAUCCACUGGCUUCAAGCUGCAGGGCAACACUAACACCUCUGCGAUCCUCUCGUCGCCGUCUAUGGGUGUCCACUACGUCGGCACGGCCAAGAUGGGUACCGACGACGGACGCAAGAACGGCACAUCCGUGGUCGACACCAACACCAAGGUGUAUGGCAUGGACAACCUGUACGUUGUUGACGGCAGUAUGCACCCUGACCUCCCCACGGGUAACAUUCAGGCCACCAUCAUGGUUGCUGCCGAGCAAGCUGCUGCCAAGAUCCUUGCCCAGCAUUAA